CCCCUUCACGACGGCUGCUCCAGUCGCUCAUCGGCGCCCGGACGAAGCGGUAGUUGUCGCGUUUUCACGGUCGAGCCUCACCUCGUCUGCUUACCCACGUCGAAGCAUAUCCUUAAGAACACCAUGGCAUCCGUGUGCAUCAUCGGUUCCGGCAACUGGGGCUCGGCCAUCGCCAAGAUAGUCGGCAUGAACGCGAAGAAACAGAGCAGCUUCGCUGAUCGUGUCACCAUGUACGUUUACGAAGAGAUGAUUGAUGGGAAGAAGCUGACGGAGAUUAUUAACCAGACGCAUGAGAACGUCAAGUAUCUUCCGGGGCAUAAGAUUCCUGAGAACGUGAUUGCGAUCCCGGACGUGGUGGAGGCUGCAAAAGACGCAGACAUACUUAUAUUCGUAGUUCCGCAUCAGUUUAUCCAAAGAAUAUGCAGCAGUUUGCAGGGAAAGAUCAAACCUACCGCUGUCGGUCUGUCGUUAAUCAAGGGCUUCGACAAGAAGGAAGGUGGUGGCGUCGAGCUUAUAUCUCACAUUAUUUCGAGACAACUGCAAAUUCCAAUCUCGGUCCUGAUGGGUGCUAACUUGGCUUCCGAAGUGGCUGACGAGAUGUUCUGCGAGACCACCAUUGGCUGCAAGGAUAAAGCGAUGGCGCCAGUACUUCGCAAUUUGAUCCAGACGUCAUAUUUCAGGGUGGUAGUUGUUGAAGAUGUAGAUUCUGUGGAGUGUUGCGGAGCGCUAAAAAAUAUAGUUGCCUGCGGAGCUGGUUUCGUCGAUGGAUUGGGUCUGGGUGACAAUACGAAAGCCGCCGUGAUCAGGCUAGGCCUUAUGGAGAUGAUCAAAUUUGUUGAUGUGUUCUUCCCGGGAGGAAAAUUGUCAACCUUCUUUGAAAGUUGCGGAGUGGCCGAUUUGAUUACAACGUGCUACGGUGGACGCAAUAGGAAGGUUUCGGAGGCCUUCGUCAAAACUGGCAAGUCUAUCGAAACGUUGGAGAAAGAGAUGCUAAACGGACAGAAACUGCAGGGUCCCUUUACCGCCGAAGAAGUCAAUUACAUGCUAAAAGCGAAGAAUAUGGAAAAUAGGUUUCCACUGUUCACGGCAGUUCAUCGGAUUUGCAUUCAUGAGCUAAAACCAAUGGAUUUAGUCGAUUGCAUACGCAGCCAUCCGGAACACAUGAACGAGGACGCCUCUCCGUCGUCGAUGAAGCUCAAGUCGCCCAAAUGCCAUCUUUGAGGAUGCCGUGCGUCGUUCUUCGAAGGAAGACUGGUCGCCAUUAAAAAUCAACAUCCUAAGUCGUACAAAUGCGUAAUGCUAAUUCAAUGAUACAUUGAAUUUAUUUAACCAUUGUCAAACCGAAGUGGAGUAUUAGUUAUUAAGCUGGAGUUUAAUUGGGGAUUUUUUUAUUGCGUGCUUGUUAUUAGUGUUCUUAACCCGGAAAAAUUCUCAGAAAUUUUGGAAAGGAACAUUUUUCCAAAAUUUUUUUGGAAAAGAACAUUUUGUUCUUUGCCGUAUUUUUUUACAGGUUUUUCCUUUAAUGCCACCUUUAUUGUUUUCUACGCAUGUGCAUGCGUCAAUGGUUUUAAUAUUUCUUUCAUACUUAAAAAGACUAUUUUAAAUAUAUACUAUAGUUUAAAGCUCAUAAAAGUGACUUAUUUUGAGGAAUUUUUUAAAAAUAAAUUGCUAAAAACGAACAAAGAAUUUCCAAUUACCAACAUAUCAUAUGUAAUUCUUUAAUUUCUUUCGGUAAUUCUGUUACUUUAAUUCUCUUAAAAGAUUUAAUAAGUAAUUUAUCAAUAAAAUCAGAUAUCAUUAUCAGUGCUUUUUUUCAUAUUUUAUGAAAAAGAAAACAGAACAAUUCGGAUUUUUCUUGAUUUUAUUUUUCUGGAAAAUUAAGAACACUACUUAUCACGUUGCUAAUGGUUGGAGUGUAGUAUUAACAUAGUAAUCCUUUAUUACAUUCUUUAUUUAUUCGCAGAGACAUUAUUAAAUUUAAAAAGCUCAUUUUUACAUUAAAAAAAAAAUUUAGGAAUAUUUAAAUAAUAAACAAAUGAAACGAGCGAGUUUGAAUGUUCUACAAAGGAGAGGUUCUACUAAUAAUAUUGAUCAAUAUAUUAAACGAUGUUCGAUGCAAUUGUGAUAGUUUAUAGACUUACAAAUCUGUAAACUGUGAUAGUUUAUAGAUCAUUAAAUAAUUCACAUCUCAUGUUGUGAUUAUUAAUUAUUCUUUUAUUUAUAAUAAUACUUUUUUUCAAAGAUUUUGUAUUGCAAUGUAUAUAUAAAGAUAACUUCUUGAAAUUCUUUAGAGAUAUUUCUUAUUAAUAAUUUUGGUGAAUAUGAAAUAAUAAAGCGAAUUUCUUUAUAUGGAA